AUGGCUUCUGCUGCGAGUCUCGUAAUCUUCAUCUGGCUGAUGCCCUUUGUAGCAUCGAAAGAAUUCUCUAACCCAAACAUCACUCGCACCAUAACCCUCUCGCCGCCCUCUUCUCCUGCCCCAGGACGACAAAUUGUUGAUGCAGCAUACCAAUCAUUCUCAAUUGAGUUUUCGUACAUGGCUGACUAUGGUGGGAACAACUCAAACCCAAACCUGUUCUCCAAGCAAGUUGUCCAGAAUCUGCAUGAUAUUUCUGGAGCGUAUCCAAUCUUCCGCAUCGGGGGCAGUACCCAGAAUUCUGCUGUGUAUUACCCGAAUCAGUCUGUAGCUAUCAUCGACCCGUUUUCCUCUGUGGCUUCAGACCAGCCGUCGAAGUCCAUGCUUGGUCCGGCAUGGUUUGAGUCAUUCCAGCAAUUCCCUGAAGGAACGCAGUAUAUAUACGGGCUGAACUUUUUCAAUCCGGUGAAUGAGACAUUGUUCAAUGUCGGCAAUGGUCUUGACCAGUGUGUGCUUGAAGCCUAUGCUGCCCAUACAGCACUAGGUGAUUCUCUGUACGCAUUUGAAAUCGGGAAUGAGGUUGACGGCUGGCCCGGAGGCUCGCGUCGACCAAGCAAUUGGACAAUCCAGAGCUACGUAACUCAGUGGAAUCAGUACGCUACGGCUAUCAGCUAUAACUUGACGGGCGAGGGUGCCAUGCGCUUGUUCCAGGGCUGUGCUUUUGAGGCUCCUCGGCAUAUUGGAAACAGAACGUUUUGGAACGUGCAGAAUGCCGAGUUAGAUGGAAUGCGUUCGAACAUGGCCAAGACGGUUUCGGACCACGAGGCGAGCCCUACCAUUGAAACGACUCUGUUCAACCGUACGAACAUGUUAUCCCGCGUUUGGUACCACGAUUAUCUCGGUAACAUAACGGCCCAAUCGGGAAUCGAGUAUGUGAUUGGCGAGACGAACUCCAUUUCGUGUCAAGGAGCUUUCAACAUCUCAGACGUGAUGGCAUCCGCUGUCUGGGCAGUCGACUAUACCAUGUAUUUGUCCUCACUCCGGGUAUCGCGAGUCCACUUUCAUAUGGGAACCCGUUAUCGCUAUUCGCCAUGGCAGCCAAUAUAUUACAACGAUACGGAACCGCACGUCAAGCCGAUAUAUUACGGGAACUUGUUCAACGCAGCGGUAUUUGCUGGUGGUAACAAGCAAAUAGAAGUCCUUCUUAACGAGACAAAUUUCGGUGCCUAUGCUGUCUAUAACUCAAGAAUUCUCGAAUCUAUUGUGGCCGUCAACCUCAACAUGUGGAACUGGACAUUUGACCUUAUUCGACGGCCGUACACGGCUUUGGUUCUCCCCAAGCACUGGGAGAAGGCCACAAUCUCCAGGCUGACGAGCCCUGGCGUUGAUAUUGCUGAGAAUAUCGCGUUUGCAGGCCAGUACGUUAACGAGAACGCCCAAAUCGUUGGUAAGAAGACAUACGACCAUGUGGUUUCGGGGAAAGUGCUGGUGGGAGCGGGCGAAGCCGUAUUGAUCAGGUUGUGAAUUCCACGUAAGAG